AUCUGUGUUUUUCUGCUCAGUCGCAGUUGAGCCGAUUUAGGCUUCGAGGGACUACUAAGUUAAUCGAGAAUGGCCGCUUGUGCCAUUUUCAGUUGAUUUUAUUUUUUCCUAUAUAAUUUAAUGUCCUCUCGGACGCGUUUUACGUCAAACUAAAUUCCUACGUAAUAAUGUGUCUCAUAUUUUAAUUAUAAAACUGCGUAAAUUAGUUUUAUUUAUCAACUAAAAUAUAGAGGACAAAGAGAAUUCAUGUUAGUGUGCAUUGUUGAAAAUUAGUGCUUUCUAAAACUUCAUCAAGAUGACGAUGACGUCGUGAUGAUGCAAAAAGACAGGGUGUCUCGAACAACACAGUGACCCGCGAGAGAGUGAGAUAAUUUUACAAAUUCCUCGCGAUAUGGAGUCCAUUAGAAAAUGGUUCUACAGACCAAAGAAGGACGACACAAGUUUACUAGCUCAAUUCUUUUAUGCUGACGAAUCCUUAAACGCAGUAGCCUGUGAACUAGAUUCUUUCGAUGGUCGCCAAGAACCAGAAAGAUGUACAUCUUUGGUCAAUCAACUUCGUCAUUGUCAAGACAAGGUCUUAACUAUAUGCAAUCAAAUUAUGGAUGACUUAAUUCCAGACAAUAGAGCCAACAGAGAUUUUCGAGUUAAAUUUCCCGACGACGUGAUGCAGGAAAAUUUAGCCGGCCAACUUUGGUUUGGAGCUGAAUGUUUGGCAGCAGGUUCGUCAAUUAUGAAUCGAGAAGCCGAAAGUUCUGCAAUGAGACCCCUCGCUAAAGCUCUAACAAAAUCAUUGGAAAAUGUUCGAAAUCUCCUUCGAGAACAUGCACUAAAAGGACAUAUAAAUUUAAAGAUUCAAAAUCCACUGGAGCCAUCGAUCGAAAAAUUAAUCGAGUCUCUGAAAAUUUUCGACCGACUCUUCGCUGACUUUGAAUUAUGUUAUGUCGGCGCCAUGGUGCCAGUUAAAUCUACAAAGGAGUACGAACAACAGGAACUUGUUUGCGUUUUAUUUUCGGAAACUUUGCAGAGAGCACUCGAAAGAGGUUUACUAAAUCAAGCAGAUGUGGACAAUUACGAGCCGGCUUUAAUGUUCACUAUUCCGCGUUUGGCUAUUGUCUCUGGUCUAUUGGCUCCUCCUGGAGGUCCUCUCUGUCUCAACUCCCCCGACAAUAUUAGUGAAAUGUUCAGACCAUUCAAAACUCUUCUUCUAAAAAUAAGAGAACUGCUCUGGACCUUAAACAACCGUGAGCUCUACAUGUUGGAGAAACUUUUGUGUUCAAAUGAAGAGCCAUCCGCAUCGAUGACGCAAACGAAUAAAACAACGUGCCAAGACGCUCCUGAUCUUGAUGAAUUCGUCCACAAUUUUUACACAGGCUAUCCAAAUUGCAAGGAUUUUAUUGUUGACUUUUAUACAGUGACGCGAAAUAAUGGAAGCAAUAUGGAUGAAAUAGCAAAUGACGCGGUUCAAAUAAUGGAUCAGAGAAAUGGACACAUCGAUUUGUCGGAUGUGUGCGAGCUAAGCCAAAAAGACAAUGAUGAAAUGAGAAUGGAAAAAGUUGUAUCUCACGUUAAUGAGAAUACAAAUGAAAUAAAUCUUGAUAAUAAUUCUCACGAGGCAAAUAAUAUUACAACUACUCGGCAAUGUGCCUUGAAUCGUGAAACAAUGAGAAAUACAGAAGACAGUGCACAAUUUUUAGUGAACAAUGACAUUCCAUGUAGCGUUAGACAAAAUUCCGAUAGCAGUUCUUCCAGUAGUCAAGAGAAUAACGUUCGUAAUGAAAGAGUAGAAAAUUAUCUCACCUCUAAUAUGUCACAAAUGCUAGGAGAUUCGGAGAACCUCGAAAUACCUUCACUUCAAUAUUUAUUAAAUCAAGUUUCACAUGAAAAUACCCUAACAGAUGGAGAGUGUCUCAACGAGAUCUCAGAGCAUACAGACUCCGGAAUUUGUACAGUAAUAUCCUCAGAGAAUACAAGUCUCUAUGAUAAAAGUCCCGAGGAAAAGAAAAUAUUUGCCACUAAUACCGAGACAAACGAGAAUCAUAAUUUCGACGACGAAGAUAUCGAGGAAAAUACAAGUUACUCUUGCUCUAAUCUCAAUUCGCCAAAGAGAAAAAAUUCCACAAUUUCAGAAAACUCCUGUAUUUGCAGCUUACGUAAUGCAAAGAUUGUCGAUCAUUCCCUAGAAGUAUCAAAUCUAACAACAAAUAACGUUGAAUCGAAAAAUGGCACAAGAAUAUCCUCAACAUUCGAUGGAUCAAACGAAGAAUUCAUCGGCGUUGCCUAUGGCAAUGGACAAAUUUCCGUCUGUGACGGAAAUCAACCAAGCUUUCAAAUAAACUAUUCAGAAAAUUGGGAAAACCUAAAUAUAAAUAUCGACGCAUCAUCAUCGAGAAAGGAAUUUUGGAACGAUCUCAAGUGUGAAAAUUGUCCAUCGACAUCGCAGAAUAUCGAGAAAAUUGGCAGUAAAAUAGAGAAAUUUGCAAAUGAGAAAAUAAUCACAAAACGAGCACGAGAAACGGAGAAGCAAAGGAAACGACAUCAACGUAAAUAUGAAAGAAGUCACAAAAAUCACGAUGAACAUACAAGACAGAGUAUAUCGUUUAAUGUUCAAAGUAUUCAUUUACCAAGAAGUACUGAGAGUUCUCGUUCGAACUCAAUAGAUCGUCUUAAUCCUAGAUUAUUGAGUUUAGGUGCCAGCCUUCAUCCUAGUCAAAAUACAAGGCAAAUGCCAAAUUUCGGCAGUCGUAGUCCCCAUUCAAGUCCCAGACUACAACACUUUGAGACUCGAGUAAAUCUCAAUUCAGAACAAAGAAACGCUCAUUCCCAAAGAUUAUACCAAAACUCGUCAUCACAACACAAAAAAUUAUUAGAUCACAGGAGAUCAAGAUCGGAAAAAUUGGCACGCUUAAAAAGAAAAGAAUCAGACAAGAGAGAUAGAUAUGAAAGAAUGAGCAGCAAAUCGGAGUUCAAUAAAAGACGAUUAAGUGCAAGGAAUUCGAGUGACUUAAUGAACGACGGUUUGGGACCAAGAACUGAUAAAAGUGGUUUAGUCGUGGAGGCAAUUUCUCCAACGGAGUCACGAUCGUUUCGGCAUGAACGACACAAUUCAAAAAGAAAUGUCAGACCUGUUAUAAUUAACACAUCAAUGGUUUCAAAAGUCCACAGUGCAAAUUUUGAACACUCACUAGUGCAGAGAGCAGAUUUAGAUUCCAGUUCCAGUUACUCGAGUUUCUAUGAAUCAAGUUCAGAGACUAGCGAAUUUCAGAGCGAUUGCCAGGAUGACGAAGAAAUUGCUCUCGCUAUGCAAGCUGCCGAAAUAGCGAAUAGAAAUCAAAUUCGUGCUAAAUUCAGGUCUUCCGAGGAUUUAGUGCACAGAUUAUUCGUCUGCAUCGCAGGUGUUGCUGAUCAAUUACAAACGAAUUUUGCCUCCGAUCUUCGAAAUAUAUUAAAAUGUGUUUUUCUAAUGAACAGCAGUCAAACGAGCGACAGUGAUACUAAAGUUGAAGAGGAGGAAGAAGAACAAGUAUUAACUCCUAUCGAGACCGAUAGAAAUUUUCCAGAAUCGUUUAAUACUACUGAAAAUAACGAAAAUCUACUUCAAGAAACCGCGAACGACCUAAUCGAAUCAACUCCAAUAAAUAAUAGAAUUUCGCCUACGACUGAACGAGGUGAGGAAUGUGUGGAGCGGGCUCCAGCGUGGGUGCCAGACAAUGAUGCCCCAAGGUGCAUGGCUUGUCAGGCAGGAUUCACGGUCGUUCGUCGACGACAUCACUGCAGAAAUUGUGGCAAAGUAUUUUGUGGCCGUUGCAGCAGCAAUAAUGUGCCAUUGCCACGUUAUGGACACACAAAACCAGUGCGAGUGUGUAACAGGUGUUUCCUUUAUCAGGUGACGCCAUUCACUGUGUCUCAGGUAACGUCUACCAGCUGAAGAUUUUCUUUGUGAUUAUUCAUUCUUAAAUUACUCUACAUUGACUUGUCUGCUUUAAUUUAAAAAAAAACAUGUUUGCUGUUGAAAUGAAGUUUUUGUAAAUAGUUACACGGCCUUUUUUUAAAUGGGACCAUCAUUCCUAUUGGAGUUUCUUAAUUCUAAUUGACUCUCUUUUAACAUUCACAGAGAGUCAGUCAAUUAAAAUUUAAAUAAAAAUAAAAGCGAAAUAACAUUUCCAACUAUCAAUAUAGAGAACAAAAAUUGCGUUUCGACUAGGCAACACUACCAAAAAAAAGCAGUAAAAAAACUAUACCUAUCAAAUUCUGUUUGUCUUGCAAAUAUUUGUUUUAAUAAAAAAAAUACUUUUUUUUAAGUAAAUAAUUAAUAUACACUUUUUAAAAGCACAGAAAAAUAAAUGUGUGCUCAACAACCAAAGUUGGUGUACAAAAACAAACAUAAAAUAGCGAUUAAUGACAUUUCAUUUCGUGAAAAACUUGGUAGUCUUAUGCUUGUUACAUUUUACAAGUCGAUUCGCAAACAAUUAUUUAUAUUUAACAUUGUAUUUUUUCUUUCUUGAAGGAAAACCAAGUAAUGAAAAAAGUUAAUUAAAAAAAGUGAUAUAAAAAAUUAAAAUCAUGGUUAAUGAAAAAAAAACAACGACUUUAACCCAGGUUAAAAUUUCACUGAAACAGUUUCUUAAUUUUAAUGGUAAAAACUAUAUUACUGAAUUAUUAUCGUUAACUACCAAUAAUCGAAACUAAUAUACCGUUUCAAUGUACUAAUAUAGUUCAAAAAGCAAUGAUAAAAA